AUGCACCUGAGAAAAUGUUUCUGUGUUAUAUUAUUACUUUAUGAAGGAUUUGUAGCAUGUGAAAUAGGAGAUGGAAGAAACGUUUGGAACAAAUUUUCAGGAUCCAGUCUUCCAAAUGAAACGCAAUAUUUCCAGGCAAACCAAUUCCCUAAAUCUUUCCUCUGGGGUGUUGGUACAGCAGCUUUUCAGACAGAAGGAGCUUUGGACUGGAAUGGUAAAGGACCUUCUAUCUGGGACCAUUUCAUUCAUUCUCCAGACUUCAGAUAUAAUGAUGCGAGUUCAAACAGUUAUACAUUGUGGGAUAAGGACUUGGAAGCACUUAAGUACCUGGGAGUAAAAUUCUAUCACUUCUCCAUUUCAUGGCCAAGACUUUUUUCUGAUGGAAUAGCAAAUGUUGUGAACGUAAAAGGUUUGACUUACUACAACCACCUGAUUGACUCCUUGAGAGAGGAAAAGAUUGAACCAGUUGUUACAUUGUACCAUUGGGACCUACCCUUAGCACUCCAGCUCAAUUAUGGGGGAUGGAAAAAUGAGUCCCUAAUUGACAUUUUUAAUGACUAUGCAGCCUUUUGUUUUCAGGCAUUUGGGAAUCGUGUCAAGUACUGGCUUACAAUUCACAAUCCCUAUCUGAUUGCAUGGCAUGGCUAUGAAACAGGUAUACAUGCCCCUGGGGAGACUGCAGACUCUUCGGCUGUCUUCAAAGCAGCGCACAAUCUAAUCAAGGCCCAUGCAAAAGUAUGGCACACUUACGAUCGUCACUUUCGUCACACACAACAUGGUUUUGUGUCUCUCACUUUAGGCUCACACUGGGCUGAGCCGAAGAAAGGAAAUCUUAAUGAUUUCACUAUUGAAAGCUGCCACCAGUCGGUGCAAGCAGUACUGGGAUGGUUUGGAAAACCAGUCUUCGGGGAUGGUGACUACCCUACUGUGAUAAAACAGAAGAUUAAGCAUUGGAUGCCAUCCUUCACAGCAAGUGAGAAAAAAUACAUUAGGGGAACUGCUGACUUCUUUGCUUUUUCAUUUGGACCUAACAACUUUCGUCCAGCAAGUACUUUUGUAAAAUAUGGUCAGCCAGAUUCUCUAAGCAUAAGGCAGGCUCUGAACUGGAUAAAAUUGGAAUACAACAAUCCCAGAAUUCUUAUUGCGGAAAAUGGAUGGUUUACAAACAGUAAUAUUAAGACCGAAGAUACAAGCUCUAUCUUUUUGAUUAAAUGGUUUCUUAAUGAGAUUUUGCAAGCUAUCAUUCAUGAUGAUGUGAAGGUGUUUGCCUAUACUGCCUGGUCCUUGGUGGAUGGCUAUGAAUGGUCAUAUGCUUACAGUAUCAGAAGAGGACUAUUUUACGUAGACCUCGACAGCAAGGAAAAAGUCAGAGUUCCCAAAACAUCAGCAAUAUUUUACAAACACAUAAUCCAGCAGCAUGGCCUCCCCAGCAUGGAAGCAAGUUCCACAAGUCAGUUUUCCUGCGACUUUCAGUGGGGUGUCUCGGACUCUGUUAUACAGGUUCAGCUAACACCAUCAUCACCUCAGUUCACUGAUCCCAACUUGUACCUCUGGAAUGCCCCUAGAGAUGGAGGUCUGCGGAAGGUGAAUGGAGUCAAGUUGCACACCAGGGCAUCCCAAUGCACAGAUUUUAAUGCAGUCAGGAAUCGCAUACAAAUGUUGAGCAGGCUUAGUGUGAACCACUAUAAGUUUGCUCUAAGCUGGUCACUAAUUCUACCCAAUGGUGAUCUCUCAGUUAUCAACAAGGAAGCUGUAUAUUUUUACCAGUGCCUGAUUAAAGAGAUGAUAAAACGCAGAAUCAAGCCAUUGGUGACACUGUAUCAUCCAACUGAUCAUCACACUAAUAUGCCAGCUCCUCUCUAUCAAGAGGGAGGUUGGCUUAACCGGUCUACUGUUCAUGCUUUCAGGGACUAUGCUAAUUUGUGCUUUAAAGAGUUUGGAGAACACGUUGGGAUGUGGAUUACUGUGAAUGAGCCAAACAAAUUAAGCCAGACUUAUAAAAUCAAUAGCAAUGACACCUACAUAGCUGCUCAUAACCUGAUUUUGGCACAUAUGAUGGCCUGGCACUUAUAUGACAAACAUUACAGAGCUUAUCAGAAUGGGUUGGUCUCCUUUGCCUUGCAUGCAGAUUGGGCUGAGCCUGCAAACCCAUACCUGACCUCUCAUGUGCUUGCUGCAGAGCGAGUCCUUUUGUUUGAACUGGCCUGGUUUAUGGAUCCAUUUUUCAAGACAGGAGAUUAUCCAGAGAGAAUGCUAGACUACCUCAGGUUAAAAAACAAGCAAGGCCUUUCCCAGUCGGCUGUUCCUAGCUUCACUGCAGAUGAAAAUAAAGCGGUGAAGUUUGCAGCUGAUUUUGUAGCACUAAACCACUUCACAACCCACCUGGUUAUUCACCAGCGGCAGAAUGGCAGCAGUUAUGAAUAUGACCGUGACAGCAUCCUCAGGCCCGAUGUCACCUGGCCUAGGUCACCUAAGGGCCUGUCUGUGGUGCCAUGGGGUAUCAGGAAGCUCCUUAACUGGAUCAAGACUCGUUAUGGAAAUGUGCCCAUAUACAUCACAGCCAAUGGAGUGGAUGACAAGACCUCUCAUAAUGAUGAACUGCGCAAAUUUUACAUAAAAAAUUAUAUCAAGGAGAUUUUGGUGGCUAAUCAACAUGAUCAAGUGAAUGUAAGAGGUUACUACGGCUGGAAACUGCAGGACAGACAAUAUUCUCACUUUGGAUUUUUCAACUCACCCUUCUUUGAGUCCAGAGCAAAGAUGUCUGCCCUCUUUUACAGUGAACUGAUCACCAACCGAGGAGUUUCCUCUGAAGCAACAGCCACCACAUCCUGCAAGGAGCAGGAGGGACAGGAGCUCACAGGCUGUGAAGCAUGCACUUUCAUCAUCAAGUGGAAGGCUUUUCUCUUCUUCGGCAUUUGCCUGCUUAUCACCACCACACUUCUCAUCACUGUGCUUUUCACAUAUGUCAGGAAAAGAAGGAAGCCACAUUAAAGGAUCUGCU